UUUGAUAAGAUUUUCUGGGUGCAUGACUGAUGCUAUAUAUAUUCCAACCCUAAUCUUUACUCCAAUCACCGAUUUCUAGAGCUUAAAGCCAUGGCUGCUCCGAAGAAGCAUGUGCAAGUUGGACCAUGGGGCGGUACUGGAGGAUCUUACAGUUAUGAAUUCAAACCGGACGCUAAGAUCACCAAUAUCUAUAUAAAAACCGGAGGCCAGGGCGGCUGCAUCGACUCCAUCAGGUUUGGGUACUUCCCCACAGGUUCUAGUCAAGAAUCCCAAUCACCAAAGUACGGAGGUGAAGGUGGUCACCUUUCUGAAACGAUGUACAUUGAAGCAGACGAGGAGCUCGUUGAAUUGAGUGGAACAAUCGGGAGUUACAAUAAUUAUACGGUGAUCACGUCGUUGUGUUUCAGAACGAACAGGAAAAGUUGCAGUUUUGGUUCGGAGAGUGGCACAAAAUUCUCUUUGCCAGUGAAAAAUACAGACACAAAGUUUGUAGGGUUCCAUGGGACAUAUGGAGGUUAUCUUGACUCAAUUGGUGCCAUCCUUGAGCCCAAGUGAUACGUAUAUGCUGCAUCAUGUGUUGUUAUAUAUGGAUAAUAAACACGUACUUUGUGGAAUAAGAAGCUUCAGCUUCAUAUGCACGUACUCCAUCAUGUUGUAGUAAUGGUAAACCAUGCUUUGUAUUCCUUAUGAUAUAUGUGUGUGUACUAUAUAUUGUAUUCCUUAUGAUUACACGUGUGUGUACUACAUUUAUGAUAUAUGUGUGUACUAUAUAUUGGUCUCUUUGGCUUAGUGUUAUAUUGUUUUUGGUGUU